CUCACGUUGAAACGUUGCAACAGACAACAAACAAUGUCUGCCCUGCAUCGACGCAAGUCCACCGUGUUUGUAGACAUUCCACCUUCCCCCUUGCACAAGCACCAUCGGUCCGCGUCCAUCAACUCGUCCUUUAAGGAAAACGCGCCCAGUAUGGCAAAUGUCACGCACAAGAAACGCAAGUCCGUUGGAGACAUGGAAGCACUCAAGUCGGUCAAGAAAUUCAAAGUUGACAUGAUCGAGGACGACAAACUUCCGAACGCGAACGAGGAGUUCCCGAGGGGCUUCUUCUACUGUCACCAGUGCAACAGAAAGCGCGACAUUUCAUAUGGCUUGCGAUGCACUUAUAUCGCGUCCAAGGCGAAACGCUGCAACACCCGCUACUGCAAGCCGUGCAUACGAAAUCGCUACGGCAUUUCUGCAGAUGGGAUUCUCAGCGCCGGUGUCCCCAGCAAGUCCAAGGGACACGUCCCUGAUGCGGGAUACAUCUAUAAAUGCCCGCGAUGCGCCGACGAGUGCAAUUGCGUCCGUUGCCGCAAGGCAAAGGGCCUUCAGCCUACAGGGAACCUCACUCUCAUGGCCAAGCGGGCCGGAGUUGCGUCCGCCUCGGCCAUGCUGAAAGAUAACCCGAAAGCACUCGGCCCGCAAAGUGGCAAAUCCGUCGUGCCCAAGAAACAGGCCCAGCACCGCGCCUCUCUUCCCUCGGCCUUCCCAUCUACCAUACUGUCUAGCAAGUCCAUCGCGUCGACCAUCGCCUCAACCACAUCCGCGCCCUCUGGACCCACUCCCGUAGCAGAGCAAACCAAACCAAAACCAGCCAAACCGCGAUACAAGCCCAAGCCCUACCCGCACUGGCGCGCUCUGCACACGCGCCUCCCGCUCGCGUCCGCUGAAGACAGGAUCCACAUCCGCGAGUUUGCGCUGCGCUUUAGCACGACGACGCGCGACGCGGAUGGGAAUGAGCGGAGCGUGCUCAAGAUUCCACGUGCGACGCUGGACGAACUGGAGUGUGUCGCGGGGAAGAGGGGAGGCACGGAUGCAGGGAAGAGGGGAAGGGGUGAUGCAGAAGACGAGCCGGACGAGGGGGCGCUCGCGCCGUGGGUAAGCGAGGGGUGCGUGAAGAGCCUCGUGCUCGCGAUGUUGAGUAUGCUGUACGAUGAGGCGGUUGAAGAUGAGGACGAGGAGGAAGCCGGGGAACUCGACGAAGCCAUCAAAGCCAUCAAAUCCUCCUCGACCACGAACUCCCUCCAAAAGAUCGCCCGCGCCCUGUCCUCGCUCGACCGAUCCUUCGGAUUGCCGGAACCACACCCGCCGCCUGCCAACAGCGCGCGUCUCGCGCGCAGCACACGCAGUGCCGCCGCCGCCGACGCACGGGGAGAGGUCGAGGUAGUGUGCACCGCUCAGCUAGUGCCUGUCAUCGCAGCGCUCAUAAGCGCAGCGAUUCCAACUGACGGCGUACGCGCGGCGCUUGAAGGAGGGUUCGAGGAAGCAAGAGAAGUGAGGGAGCGGGCCAAGGCACUAGGCAGGGCGGAGAAGGAACGGUAUAGGGAGGAGAAAGAGCAGGAAAAGGCGAGUACGGACGGGCCCGCCCCACACUCCCGCCUGCGCGGCUCCAAGAACGCGCCCAAACGCGCACACGAAGCCCGCCUCGAAUCCUACGACCACCUCUCCACGCUCGCCUGUGCGUCGUACGAGCCGCGCAUCGCCCCGCUUGGCCGUGACUCGUCCGGCCGGGUUUACUGGGCGCUUACGCCCGGCCCCGCCGAGCGCGAGUCCGCGCGCGAGCUGCUCGAUGCGUUGCACGAGGAUAUUGUCACCGUCGAGGGAGCGGGGAAGACGAAGGCGAAGAAGACGAAGCGUCAGCAGCCGAAGAAGCGCUCGCCGCCUACCGAGAAUGAGAGGGAGGGGCUGCGGAGGUGGUGCUGGGGCGUGGUGGUGUGGGGCGAGCGGCCGCCGGAGGCGGAGAGGGCGUUUAGGUUCAAGGUUCCGUUUUCUGUGGGGAGCGACGGUGAGGUUGAGGACGCGGAUGACAGUGAUAGCGAGGACGAAGAUGGUCCUGCACAGCGGUGGUGGGGCUUUGCAGAGUCGCAGGAGAUCGAGCGACUCGCGUCGUACGUGCUCGUCAAGGCCGGCUUACACCUUGAAGAGGGCCAGUCGUCGAUCGAGAAGUCGUUCGCUGUCGCUUCCGCGAAGGCAAAUGUGGCUGCCCAGACGCAGGUGAACAGCAAAGUGAACGGGAAGAAAGAGAAGAUCAAGACGAAGGGCAAGGGGAAGGAUAACAACGGAGACGGGAUCGAACAGAGCAACGAGGUCAGAGUCACGAGCGCCGAGGUGCGCGAGCUUGUGCAGAGGCUGGAUGAGUAUGCUUCACUGCUUCGGUGGCGGCUGAAGGAACCCGGCGAGGACGGCCUUUAGACGUCAGCGCACUCUUUCACGACCUUUAUCAACCAUGCUCACUGCUUUCUUCGUCAAUCGUAGGACCAUUGUUAGAUAUAUUCAGAUGCAAUAUUCCUUUAGAUCUAAUUUUUACGAUACCUAGGCUAAUAUACGAAAUACAUG